GGUGAACGUAGGGCGGGCGGGGAGCGAACUACCGGCUCCCGGGAGGAAGCGGGGGCGGCGGAGGCCGGCAGGAGCGGGGCCUCGGCCCGGGACCGGGAUGCGGUGGCGGCCGGGGACGGUGCCUCCUUGCUCGGGGCGGCACCAUGCACCCGGCCGCGGCGGUGUGCCUGGUGUUCGGCGGCUGCUGCAGCAACGUGGUGUUCCUGGAGCUGCUGGCCAGGCAGUUUCCAGGAUGUGGCAACAUCGUGACCUUCUCCCAGUUCUUAUUUAUCGCCGUGGAAGGCUUUAUCUUCGAAGCCAACUUCGGGAGGAAGCGGCCGGCCAUACCGAUGAGGUAUUAUCUCAUCAUGGUGGCCAUGUUCUUCACUGUCAGCGUGGUGAAUAACUAUGCCCUGAACUUAAAUAUCGCCAUGCCGCUGCACAUGAUCUUCAGAUCGGGCUCUCUCAUAGCAAGCAUGGCUCUCGGUAUCAUCAUUUUGAAAAAAAGAUACAGCAUGUCUAAAUACACGUCCAUAGCCCUGGUUUCCGUGGGGAUCUUCACCUGCACUUUCAUGUCUGCAAAGCAAGUGGCAUCUGACUCCAGCUUAAACGAAGAGGACGGACUCCACGUUUUCUUGUGGUGGCUGCUAGGUAUCGCUGCGCUCACCUUCGCCCUCCUCAUGUCUGCCAGGAUGGGGAUUUUCCAGGAGACGCUGUACAAGCGGUUCGGGAAGCACUCCAAAGAGGCCCUUUUUUACAACCAUGCGUUACCACUCCCUGGCUUUCUCCUCCUCGCCCCAAACAUCUACCACCACGCCGUUCUCUUCAGCCAGUCCGAGCCGUUCCAGAUCCCAGUGAUUGGGCUGACCCUGCCGAUCAUGUGGUUCUACCUCCUCAUGAACGUCAUCACUCAAUACGUCUGCAUCCGGGGCGUCUUCAUCCUCACCACGGAGUGCACCUCCCUCACCGUCACGCUGGUGGUGACGCUGCGCAAGUUCGUCAGCCUCAUCUUCUCCAUCCUCUACUUCCGCAACCCCUUCACGGCCUGGCACUGGCUGGGCACCGCCUUCGUCUUCGUGGGGACUCUCAUGUACACGGAGGUGUGGAACAGCCUCGGGCCCCUCCUGGCCCGCUGGAGGAAGAGGCCGAAGGAGGAGUAACAGCCGGGGGACUCUCUGCAGGGACCUUUUUAUUAUUUUAUAGAGCAGAGCAGCAGGGAAUUCCCCCCGAGAGGGGUUGUUUUUAUAACAGGGGAGGUGUUGGCUGUGCCAAGCUCCUGGGAAUCAUGGAGCCUCCGCCGGGAACCUGCCUGGAAUGGAUCACGGAGGGAGGAUACAGUUAUUUUUGCAAGGUUGCAUUUUUUUUAUGCAACCCCUUUUGCUCCCCUACUCUAGUUUUUUUUUUUUUUUUUCUCUCAUUUAAAUAACCCUUUUAAAUUAAUUUAAAAGCUGACCCAGUCCUCUGCUAGGAGCCCAACCAUGUCGUGGUGCUUUUGUACACUCCUCCCAGCUUCGGUGAGCUGGACCCUGAGCCUGUUUGGUGCCGUCCUUUAACAUCCAGGUCGCUGUAGCAGGUGGGUGAGCCCCUGGGAACCCCCAGACACUGCUGUUUGUGCAGCAGGUUUUUAGUUGCACUGGAAAUGCCAGACCUGGCUGUUAACUUGAGUCCUUGUUGCUUGAUCCUGACUCUUUCUGGGAGGGCAUCGGACAUACUUGUAGCUGCCACCUUCUCCAGAAUCCAGUCAGCCCAAUAGACCUGCACCAGGGAGUGGCUCAGGGGGCUUAUCCCUGAGACCCGGCUGGGAGCCCGAGGAAAACAAAGAGGUGAUGCCAAGGUGCCAAAAUGCCACCGCAUCACCUUCGUGGCUUUCUCGGGGAGGUGGUGCAGUGCUGUCAAGGCUUAGCUGAGCCCUCUUGUGUCAUCCUGAUACCUUAUGAGGUGGAGGGGUCAUAGGUUCCUCCUGCUUCUGUUAGUUCCUCGGUGCAGGUCACUUUUCCUCCUUUUUCCUUCACCCGAGUGUGGUCUCAGGGGGAUUUGUUGCCAGCAGUCAGCUGUAACAAACCACUGAACCCCCAACACGCUUGUGCUCUCCCCCAGGCCACCCCUUCAUAGAAUCACAGAACGGUUUGGGUCGUAAGGGACCUCAAAGCCCACCCAAUUCCACCCCCCUGCCAUGGCAGGGACACCUCCCUCAGCCCAGGCUGCCCCCAGCCCCAUCCAGCCUGGCCUUGGGCACCCCCAGGGACGGGGCAGCCACAGCUCCUCUGGGCAGCCUGGGCCAGGGCCUCACCGCCCUCAUCGAAAAGAAUUUCUUCCUUCAUCUAAUUAUUAUCUAAUUAAAAUCCAGCCUCUCUUAGUUUGAAACGGUUGCUCCUUGUCCUGUCAGUGCACGCCUCAGGGUACAAAUGAUGCCAAGGAACUUGAGCAGGGCCAGUACAGCUGAGCUUACUUCUGCCGCUGGGCAGGGGCCGGUUUUCCUGUCCCUUCACCCAGCUCUCUCCUUUCCUUUUCUUCUCCCACUCCUUGGGGAUCAGCUUCACCAGGCAUGGGUGACAUCAGCAUCCACCAGGCACGGGGACAAUUUUGCUGAGUGUCACCUCUCUCCCGAUGCUCAGACAGCCUGCGGGAGCUCUGGGUGCCUGUCCCCUGCGUGGAGACAGUGUCUCCCAGCGAGGUGAGGAGCAGCAGCCAUCCUAGGGGCUGCUCACCGUCGGGCAGAGCAGGGAUUAGCGCACAGCCUUGCCUCGGAGCACGCACGGUUUUGGGGAGCGCACGAAUUGUUUUUGCUGCCUUGAUUUUCCUGUGCACUUCAUUGUGACUCUGCCCCUGCACAGCCGUGGCCAUGAAAGCAUCCAGCACUGUCAACCUGAUUUGCAUCAAGCCUGGCUAAGGAAGGGCAGGGGCUGUGCUUGGGUGUUCCUCCCCCAGCGUCCUGAUGGCUUUGGGUAUUUUUAAAUUUUAAAAAUUUAUAUUUACAUCUCCAACGUCAGACCUGAGGCCGGGCUUGUGGCGGCUUCACCUUGGCCAGCGGCAAAGCACCGUGCGGCCCCUUUGGGUGUGGGGGGAAGGAGGAGGAAGAGCAAAACCAGGAAAGUCUGUGGGUAGAGCUAAAGGUGGUUUAAUAAGCACAGGAAAGCAGAAGAGCAAAAAUAAACGUGGUGCAAAGACAGUCACCACCUCGCAGGUAGACCAAUGCCAGCAGUCCCCAGGCAAAAACCACCGUCCCCAAACCCCUUCCUCUCCAUUUUUAUCACUGAUUUUUAUCUGGGGCAGCUGUGCCAGCUUCUUGCCCGUCCAUUGCCUGUGCACAGUGGGGGCAGAGAGGGGAAAAAGGAGGCCUCCCUGCUGUGCAAAUGCUGCUUAGCAAUAGCUGAGGCAUCGGCGUGCUGGUUUAGCCAUGAGCCCUGCUGCUGUUUUGGGGCUGUUAGAGCCAGCAGCGCGCUGAUGGGCCCUGCAGCUCAGGUCCUUCCCAGAUGGUGAAGGGGUUUCCCUUCUGGGGUUGUUUUUUCCUGAGCCUGAAAAAAAAAAAAAACAAAACCUCUCGAGUGUCCCAAAUGGGAUUUCCAAGGAUUUUGUAGGUGGGGAGGCAGAUCCCCAAGAGCUUCCCUGCACGCAGCGCAGCGCAGCUCAGCUCUCGCUUCCAGCUGUUUGCACAGGACUGGAGAGAGGGAAAACUGCACCUGCAGCUCGCUCUUCAAAGCUAUUUACACAGAGCUUCAGCCGAGACAGCGAGGCACGGGCAGGGAAGGCAACCCAAGCCGAAUUCAGCAUGAGAGCAUCAGGGAUGCUACCUGACAGGAUCGUGUCUCGAGGGGGUAAAACACCGCUGUAACGCCGGGCUGCAGGCAGAAGUUGUGCUCACAGCCGGGCAGCAGGAGCUGUCACUCCUGUUUCGGAGCGGUGGCUGUGGGUUUUUGUAGCCUGGCUCGGGGGUUUAGCAAAGCGAGAGCUGAGCGGGUGCCUGAGGGACUGUACCAUACUGUACAUAGCCCCCCUCGCUGGGCCGCCCUUUGUCUCAACGACUUUGCGCGUCGUCUCCAAUUUCUGUGACGCUGGUAGACUUGGGGAUUUUUCAGGUUUCUUUUCUUGAACCAUGUGCUGUUCUCGGGCUUCACGCAAGCCAGGUGUCCACCAUGGUUUUUUUUGUUGUUGUUGUUAGGGUGUUCCUUUUAACCGUUUACGGUGUGGUCUGUGUGCUUCUGGGUGCGUAUCACUGUUAGUGUCACAGACGUGGCAGCGAUUCCUUCCCUGCUGCAGGCGAGCGGGUGAGCACGCCUGGUCGUGAGGUGGAGAAAAGGUCCGUGCAGAAGUGCCCCAAUAGCUAAAACUGGUAUUUGAACCCAGCUCCCCCCCCAAAAAAAAAAAAAAUGGGGGUACUGAUUUGUUCAGGUUUUAUGUUUGCUGUAGAAGUGAUAGCACACUUUUUUUAGCAGAGGUUGGCAAAGUGAGGAGCCAAAGUGCUUUUGGACCCGUGUUUCGGAUUUACAGAGCUUUUGGGUUGGCUGGUUGGGUUUAGGGUACUUGUGCUGUUUGUUUGUUUGUUUUUCUUUCUUUUUGUCUGUUUUGUUUUGUUUUCUGAGCAAAAUAAAUGUCUCCUCUUCAAAGCA